AGAAAUGUCAAAAAAGUACAGUAACAAACAACAAAAAAAGGCCCAAUCAAUGCUCUACUUUCAUUAAAGCUUUAGUUUUUAGGUAAGGAAUGUAGAAUGUGUGUGUGAGAUUGUAAGGUAGAGAGAAAGUGAUAAGUGAGAGAGAGAGAGAGAAAUGAAGUUCUUGUUCCAGUGUCCAUGCUGCUCUUGCUUCUGCUUCAUGAAACCAAAGCAGGGCAAACCAAAAGCUGUAGAUUCAAAACCAAAGGAAGAGAAGAAAAAAGAGGAGAAGAAACCUGAGAAGAAAGAAGAAAAGAAAGAAGAAAAGAAAGAAGAGAAGAAAGAAACCAAAGCUGAGAAGGCCGAGUGAGAGCUCUAUUUCAAGAAAACGCAAUUAAUUAUCCCAUUUUAUUUCUGUUUCUAUUUCUAUGCUGUGUUAUGGAUGCUUAAGUAACUUGUAACAUUUCUUGAUUAAUAAAAUUUUCUAUUUUGCCAA